UAGUAGAGGAGGGGGUGGAGGUGGUGAUGGAGGUGGUUCAUCCGCUGGUGGUAGUAUCGACGAAGGGGCUGGGGCUGGUGCCUCGGAGCAGCAGCCCCAGCGGGAGCAGCAGCAAGUGCUACAGCUUGACCAGCAGCAGCAGCAACAGCAGCCGCAGCAGCAGCAGCAAUAGCAGUCGCAGCGGAGG